CAAAGAACGAACGACGUGUACAUCACGUACGUAGGGAGGAACUAGAAGGAACGAUCGAAAGACGGCCGCAACACCCGAACGGACCCGCGGAAACACCCGCACAACGCACAACGCACAACGCACGGAAACACCCGAAUAGUUUCCACCAGCUGAGAAGAAACGAAAAUAGGACACGUGACUUGAAGCUCAGCAACAACAACUUGAACAAGGAAAAUGCCUGCUGAAAGAGAUUACGAGCACGAGCGCGACCGGGAGAAGGAACAGUUCCGGAAGCUGUUCAUCGGCGGAAUCAGCUACGAAACGACCGAGGAGAGCAUGAAAGCGCACUUUGAACAGUGGGGCGAGAUCGUCGACUGCGUCGUCAUGCGCGACGCGGCGACCAAGCGGUCGCGCGGCUUCGGCUUCAUAACCUACAAGCAGGCGUCGCAGCUGGACGAGGCGCAGCAAAAUCGGCCGCACAUCAUUGACGGGAAGGAGGUGGAACCCAAGCGCGCCGUGCCGCGCGAGGAGUCGAGCAAGCCAGAGUCGCAGAUGACCGUGAAGAAGAUCUUUGUCGGCGGCAUAAAGGACGACACGGAAGAGUCCCACCUGAAGGAAUACUUCAUGCAGUACGGCAACGUCACCUCCGUCGACAUCAUCACGGAGAAGGGAACGGAUCGCAAGCGAGGAUUUGCCUUCAUCUCCUUCGACGAUUAUGACCCCGUCGACAAAAUCGUCCUUCUGCGACAUCACACAAUCAACGGACAUCACUCUGAGGUGAAGAAAGCCGUGUCGAAGCAGGAGAUGGCUUCGGCAAUGGAGAGAGGAGGGGGAAGCCGCGGACAGGGACGAGGAGGGAGAUUUAGUAACCGUGGAGAUGGAGACAACUGGGGUGGAGGAGGCGGCGGCGGCGGCGGCGGCGGCUAUAGCAAUCAAGGUGGUGGAUACGGCAACCAGGGAGGCGGAAACUUUGGGGGAGGUGGCUAUGGAAACCAAGGAGGUAACUUUGGCGGUGGAUAUGGCAACCAGGGAGGAUAUAGUGGCGGCAUGGGCGGAAACAUGGGAGGCGGAAACUUUGGCGGUGGCGGCGGAGCAAACUUUGGUGGCAACAGCAGUGGCUGGAACCAAAAUCAAGGAGGCGGUGGUAACUGGGGCAACAACUCGGGCGGAGGAUUUGGCAAUGACUAUGGAUCCGGGGGAUACGGCGGUGGAUCGAUGAAAGGCGGGAGUUACUCCCAGCGUGGAUCUGGCCCGUACAAUUCGGGAUAUGGCAGUGGCGGGGGAGGCGGCGGCGGAGGAAAUUACAGCGGUGGAAGCUACAGCCGGCGUUAGGAAGCGAUUCUCUUAUUUCGCACCAGCUUCUAAGGGCUUUCAGGGAGCAUUUUUAUAACGUCAGCAAUGAGGAGGUAUCAUAAACAGCGUAUGUAAUCAUAGAGCACAGCCGACUAGCCAGUCUUCAGUUAAACACGAACAGUUGAGCAACAUAGAGUCGCAGGGUUGAAGGAAGACUAGUGAGAGCACCAGCACGGCCGACUAGCCAGUCUUCAGUUAAACACGAACAGUUGAGCAACAUAGAGUCGCAGGGUUGAAGGAAGACUAGUGAGAGCACCAGCACGGCCGACUAGCCAGUCUUCAGUUAAACACGAACAGUGAAGUGACCAGAGCGCUGACAACUUGCACCUCACCCUAUGAUUUGUUUUCCAGCUCCUCUCUGUACAUGCUACACUUCCUCGCUGUACUACCGUUGCGUUACACUUUACAUACAUUACGUCGUAUGCUGUCGACUUUAGACAAAGAGUUGCUGCUAUUUUAUAAACGACAUACUCGUAAUAUGGUGUAUGUUAUUCGUUUUGCUUGAAGGAAAGCCCUUAGAGGGGAUAGGUGCCUAUAAUAUGCUAGCUUAAUAUGUAAUGUUAGGUUGCGUAUCAUGUUAACAUUGGAAAUUUGAAGUUUAUCCAGAGAAGUCUCUUGGUCUCGUGUAAAGUGCAUACGAUGCUAAUCUUCGUGCGUAAAUCCCGACGAAGUUUGUUUAAUGAUCAGAUAUAUCAAGGUGGCAAAACUGCAAACAGUGUAUAUUUUUUAGAUGUGUGUUUAGUCUGUGUGAAAUAAAGAUGAGGGUGUACACAUUCCACUAUC